AUGUACGAUUUACCUUGGAAAUGUAAUUUUGAUAAUUGUGAUAAAUCAUUUAAAUUUCUUUGUAGAUUGGAAAAACAUCAACAAGUACAUACAAACGAGAGACCAUUCAAAUGUACAUUUGAAGGAUGUGAAAAAUCUUAUAAACGUUCGGAUCAUUUAAAAUUACAUUCAAUAGUUCAUAAUCCAAUUGACUCUAAACCAUUUAAAUGUUCAGUAGAAGGUUGUGAAUCUAAAUUUUCUUUAAAACAUCAUCUCAAUCGACAUAUUAAAGAAUUACACGAAAUUGAAAAGCCAUAUAAAUGCAAUUAUGAAAGUUGUAACCAACCUUUUAAACAAGAUUAUUUAUUAAGAAAGCAUCAAAAACUUCAUACUGGUGAAAAAUUGUAUCCAUGUGAAAUUUGCACAAAAAGUUUUUCUACUUCUACUAAAUUACAACAUCAUAAUCUUGUUCAUUCAAAUGAAAAACGUUGGUUAUGUACAUUUCAACAAUGUCAGCAAGAAUUUUCAAAAUAUCCUCAGCUUUUAAUGCAUUUAAAAAAUGAUCACAAAUCAAUUUGUGAAAUUUGUGGAAAAGAACUUAAAAAUUUAAAACAUUUAAGAAGUCAUAUGAAGACUCAUAAUUAUGACCGUAUAGUUUAUCCAUCAGUGCAUGAAAACAUUAGACCAUAUGUUUGUAGUAUAAGAGAAUGUGGAAUGUCAUUUGCUUAUAAAAAAGUUUUAACAAAUCAUAUGAAAUCUAUUCAUGAGUCACCAAAACCACGUAAGCAAAGAAGAUUAAAUAAUGAUAAUGAUAAAUUUAAUCAUGAAACAACAGAAUUAGAAUGUCUCACUGGCUAUAAUUAUGAGAAUUCUGGUAGAAUGAUUUCUUGCACAAUUGAAGGAUGUCUUUAUUUAUUUAAACGAGAAUAUGAUCUAGAUCGACAUUUAAAAAGUUUUCAUAAUAAUGUUUUUUGGAUGUUGGAAAAUGAAGAUGAAAUUAAUGUCUAA